UUAAAAAAUUUAAUGGACGAGUAAAAAUAGACAAAAACAUUGAUUUUCAAAGUACAAAAGACAGAAAUAAUGCGCAAAAAAUCAAUUUCCAUUUGAACUCCAGUUGUGUGAGAAUUGAAACAUUAACAUGAGAUUGUUCGAUCGUUUAGCGAAUUUAUUAGGAUUAAAGAAAAAAGAAGUUAAUGUGUUAGUUGUUGGACUUAACAACAGUGGUAAGUCAACGGUAAUAAAUCAUUUCAAACGCGAGGACGACCGUUGCAUUGACAUUGUACCCACUGUUGGGUUUAAUGUCGAAAAAUUUGCAUUCAAAAAUGUCCACUUUACAGCAUUCGACAUGUCCGGACACGACCGAUAUCGGUCUCUCUGGGAGCACUACUACAAGGACUGUCAGGGUAUAAUAUUUAUAAUUGAUAGUAGUGAUAAAUUGAGACUAGUCGUGGCUAAAGAGGAGUUGGACAUGCUUCUGCAACAUCCAGAUGUAGCCAGUAGGAAAAUUCCAAUUCUCUUCUUAGCGAAUAAAAUGGAUCUCCCAGACUCCCUCACGACAGUGAAACUCGUGGCUGGUCUUGGUCUCGACAGAAUUCAGAACAAACCCUGGCACAUUCGUGCCACCAACGCAGUCACUGGUGAGGGACUCCAACCAGCAAUUGAAUGGCUGACCGAUCAAAUACGAGACAUUUACAUUAAUAACAAGAGAUAACUAAAUUUUUACUCAAUUUCCUGCAUGUAACAAUCAGAGACAUGCUUCACCUCAUUCUUGACAAAUAAAAAACAAAAGAAAACGA